GGUAGGUGAUAGGUUAAUGCUACGAACUAUUCACCAGUGCUAUUUACUUAAUAAAUAUAAUAAGUAUUUAGCCAUAAUUUACAACUAUGAAUUAAACUGGCAAAAAAUGGCAGUAAACAAAACACAUUAGUUCAACAAAACAGGGUUUAUAAUUUUAGAUCCGAUGAUACUGUUGCUUAUUAAAUAUAUUCAAUUAAUAAGGCCUUAGAAAUUAAUAAUUCUGAAUAACACAUGAAGCAGUAACGUGUAUAAACUUAAAAAGAAAUCUUAAACAUAUAGGUUUUCAUAUAUCAAUACCAAAUAAUAAAGAAGUAAUAAAACCAAAAGUGUGAAACUUAUUCAUAAACUGACUUUACCAUGAGUAGAGUGAAUGAAUAGGAAUAAAACAAUUUGAGAAUAAAGUGUACAAAUACGAUUUGUUAAUAUUUUCGGAAUUAGAAAAACAGUAAAGUAAUGGAUGAGCUAGAAGUAUGGGAAGAUUUAGCUAAUAUUCCAGCUGAUCCGCCUUUGAUGCGAGAGCUGUGUGAAAAUUGCAAGAGACCUUCAGUUGUAUGUUGGUGUUCAGCACUGCCACCAAAGCGCCUUAAUCCUAAAAGUAAGGUUAUUUUAUUACAACACCCAGCUGAAGAAAAAAGAUGCCUUCGAACUGCUCCUAUGCUACAACUGGGCUUAGCAGAAAAUAAGUGCCUUAUAUUCAAAGGAAAAAAAUUUCCUCAGCCUAGACAUGAAUGCCUAGAAGAUAUUCUAACAGAUCCAAAUACAGUGCUUUUAUACCCAAGUAAAGCUGCCAUUGAUAUUAAGGACUUAAAACAUGAAGCUGCCUCUUAUAAUAUUUUAUUAAUAGAUGGAACAUGGCCGCAAGCUAAAGCCAUAUAUGCAUCUAGCCCUAUUUUACAUAUAAUUAAACAAGUAAAACUUACUACUACAAGCACAAGUAACUAUCUUAUAAGAACACAACCAACUCAAGGUUGCUUAAGUACACUGGAGACAGCUGCUGAAGCUCUAUCUCAAUUGGAAAAUGAUUCAAUAUACAGAGAACAAUUACUGGAACCUUUACAUAUGUUAUGUAAAUUUCAAUUAGAUAAUGGUGCAGUUACACAUCAAUCAAAAGAAUUUUUAAUUAAAACAAAUACAUACCCUAAAUUAAUAGGUAAACGGUUGUCUAAAUUAUUAAAAUCUACAAAUGAAAUUUAAGAAAUAAGAAUAUUAUUGUAUAAAAUUAUUUAUUUUAAAUGAUUUUAAAUUCUUCUGAGUCAGUCUUUAUGAAUACAACACACUUUAUUAAAUCACAUGAUUAUUU